AUGAUUUUGACGAUGAGGGAGAAAUCUGAUGCAUCGGGCAAGAAAGAUUCAGACGAUUCUAAUUCAAAUAACACGUCAGUUUCUUGUCUGCAAACGUCGGAGAUUAGGUAUAAGGCUUAUUACUUCUUAUUUUAUGGCGCCAUUGGCAGCUCUGUCCCAUAUCUAGCCUUAUACUUUAAACAACUCGGCCUCAGUGCAGCACAAGCCGGUUUACUCAAAGGAAUAAGACUCUUCUCCUUAUUUAUUGGUGCGCCUAUGUGGGGAACGAUCGGAGACAAGUAUAAAAUACGAAAAAUUAUUUUGUUCUUAUCAUUGCUUUCAUAUUCCGCCGGAACAUUGCUCUUAUUAGCAGUUAAACCACAAAAUCAGCAGUGCAUCGAAACAGGAGCAAACAGAACUGUGAUACAUCCACUACGCUUUCCUCCUGGGGGUGGAAUAGUAUCAAGUGGCGAGUCCUCGGCAUCCAUGGCCAUUGAUAGUCAAUCUCCACAACGGCUGAACAACAUCAGCCACGUAACAAUAUUUACUCGUGAGGUGGACAAGUCCGAAAUUGGUAAAAUCUUUAUGACUUUUUUGAGUAUACUAUUCGCAUGCCAGAUUCUGGGUUCCGUUGUUUACACCAUGCCUGAUGCUUUGGUCGUAGGCUUCCUACAAGAAAAUACGAACAAGUUCGGGCAUCUUCGAAUGUGGGGCGAAGUUGGUAUCGCCAGUGGCUCAUUUUUGGUUGGAGGAGUCAUCAGCUUAUACGAAUCGGAGGUUUGCGGUGAGACCGUCAAGAACGAUCACAUUUCAUUUUAUUUCUUUGUUGGAUUCGUCACUCUUUCCUUAGUUACCAUAGUUUUCAUAGAAGCAAAAUAUUCAGAUGACGAAACAUCGUCUAGGUCUAGUAUUUGGCCACUUGUAAAGGAGCUUCUACUCUGUCAUAAUGUAAUUUUCGUUACCUUAGCCUUCUAUUUGGGUAUGCUUAUGGGUUUGCAAGGUAACUUUGGUUUGUGGUAUCUGGAUGACCUCGGUGCAGAGCCCUAUAUGCUGGGGAUGGCUGAUAGUUUUCGUUACUCUUUGCCAAUUCUUGGAUAUUUUACCUCUGGGAUGAUCAUCAAUAAGAUUGGUCUUGCAGCGACUCUCGCUGUCUGCUUAGCAUUUUAUGUGGCUGUUUAUAUGGGACUAGCGUUUGUACUCAAUCCCUGGAUAGGGGUGGUGCUCCACAGCUCUCACGGAACCAUAUAUGGGCUUGCCUGGUCAGCCUGUGUUGUUUUUGGUGCUUCGGUAUCUUUAAAAGUUGGAUUCCAUUCAGUUCUUCAAGGUACGUGAUCUACUUGAAAGUGGUUUUCAAUAAAAUGUCGCCGGGUUUUCUUUUACACGUUCUUUGGCCAAUCAUCAAAGAACGACAUUGACAGAUUAAAUAUAUUGUGCGUUCCAAUGUUUUCAUCAAUGAUACACUGAUACCAGGAGGGUUUACACUAAGCUCCAAAGCUUAAGUUAGUACUCAGUAAAGCGCUUCAUGUGAACCAAGCUGUUUGCACCAGCUUAAUAAUAGGCUCAACGUACAGCCGUUUGAGGGAAUCUGGUUUGCUGACCCUCCGCGAAGGAACGCAGGCGUACUAAACCGCGGCUGGUAUGCAAGCAUACUUAGGAAAGAAGAAUUAAAAUAAGGGAUUUUCAUCAGGUGGCUUGUAAACUUGAUUCCACUAUAGCGUAUUGUAAAACAAGGUUAACAUUUUCGUUUAGGCGAAAGGACCUCAGAAACCUCAUUUAUGGUGCUGAAUUGCACAAGCAAAUUAUCCAGUAUAUUUUCGUAUUGGACGCAUUCGCAGAAUAAUGUCACAUUAGAGGGUUACGUUAAGUCCCGUGCAAACCGACGCAACAUUGUUGGCGACACUGACUCUGAAUAUUGUUGGAUAUUACACGUUGCGUCCGUUUGCACACCCUGUUAGAUUUUGUUGGAGGCUGUUGCGCAAAAGUUUGAAACCGGUCAAACUUUUAGCUACGUGCAAAUUAACCGGCGCAACAACUUCCAACAAUGCUGCUUCCGUUUGCGCAGGGCUUUAGUUUGAUUGGAAGGGGCGCUGACAUCUCUUUCUUUUUUUUUUCCUGCAGGAAUUCUUGGAGGAAUUCACUGGGGACUCGGCUUUGGCUCAGGGGUAGUUGUCAGCGGUGUCGUUAUAAACGCGGUCGGCGUUCCGAAGACUUAUUUUAUUUUCUCUUUGGACUCCCUUGCUAGUCUGGCUGUGUUUUUAAUUGCGAAUUGGGUGAUAAAGUUUAAAAAAGACCCUGAUGAAACUGGGUAUAAACUGAUAGAUACAAAAGAGCAGGAUGAUCAGUAAAUUGCAAACAAUUAGAGAUUAGACUGCUAGCAUGCAGGCGCUUCACGGUCAGUCAAAAGGGCAUGGUUUUCAUGGAGAAAACUUGCGUAAAGAGAAAAAGCCUGAAGACAAGAUCCUCUCUUGCUGAAGGUCAGGAGCCUUAAUUAGCCUUUUAACAAGAACUUGCUUGACUUGCAAGUCGGGCCUCGAAAGCCGAGAGCAAAGCGAAAGAAAAACAUUAACCAUGCACGAAAAGAGUUGCUUUAGGUCGCAGAAAAAAAGAUUUCCACUUUGCCCAUCCCGUUUAACUUUCUGUUGCGGCCAAGGACUAACAUAAAGUGCACAGGAAAACCGGAGAGUAUCUGAGCAGUCCCACAAAAGUUGUGUGUUUUUAGAACGUGGAGAAUUAGUUUUGUACUUUGUACAUAUGGGUC